UUUUACUCUUCCUUUCCACUUCCUCUUUCUCUCUGUUUUCGCUUUUGCAAUUUCUCUGCAAACUUUUCUCUCUCUCUCUCUUUCUUUUAAUUUUCCUGCACUUUCCUUCUGGUUUCACUUACUUCUCCACCCAAUCCCUAAAAUCGAGUACAUAUCUUUAUUCCCUGUUUUUCCAGCUAUAUUGCUCCUCACUUUAUUCCUUAUUCGCUCCCCUUUCCCCUAUAUUGCUCGAAAGGUUUUGUUGGCUUUCGAUCCGAGAGCAAAAAAUAAUGGGCUACGCAGAGAAGAAUCAAGUGGGUGGUGGGUUGGAGUUGGAAGAUAAAAAGUGGGUUAUUGCUGGAAUUCCAUUACGAGCUCCAUUGAAGCAGAUUUACACGAAUCCAAUGGAAACAGAGAGGGAGAGCGGGGAGUGUUCAACGACGACUACACCUACCGGAGAAGAAGCAAGAAUUCCGUCUAGAUUGGUUUGUCCUCCACCUCCAAGAAAGAAAAAACCUUCCUUGAAAUGUAAUUAUGGUGUUAGGGAGUUCUUCACUCCUCCUGAUUUGGAAACUGUUUUCAUACGCCGCGCUUGUUGAAAUUGCUCUGUUUCAUAGGCUAUGUGUCCUGUGAUUCUCUCUUGUAUUUGAUCUUCUUUGUUAUCAAUUUGUAGUAGCAAGCUAGUCAAGGAGUUAAGUGUAUAUUUUUCUAUAAGAAAAUAAAACUCUUAUUUUACGUUAAAAA